CUGCCCCUUUAAGAAGGCUGGUCCAGAGGCCAGCUAGUGGAGCGUGACUCGUCAACUUUUGCCGAGCUUUGCUUUGUGCAGAUGCUAGAGAAUCUGUUCGAUCAAUCGCUCUCUGCUUUGGUUGUGUGCCUUGACUUGCAGCUUUUCCGACAUGCCUGGCGAGUACACCCUCACCUAUUUCCCUGUGCGAGGCCGUGGAGAAGCCAUACGCAUGCUGCUGGCUGAUCAGGGACAGGAGUGGACUGAGGAUGUGGUGAAUGGGGAGAUUUGGAAGAAGGGAGAUCUGAAGAAAUUAUGUGCCUUUGGCCAAGUGCCGAGAUUCCAGGAUGGGAAUUUUAUAUUGCAUCAGUCAAAUGCUAUUCUACGCCACUUGGCCAGGAAUCACGGACUCUAUGGUGAAGAUGCAAAGGAAGCAGCACUGCUGGAUAUGGUGAAUGAUGGGGUGGAGGAUCUGCGAAUCAAAUAUGCCCGCUUAAUCUACCAGAACUAUGAAUCUGGCAAAGCUGCUUACAUUGAGGCCCUGCCAGCUGAGCUGGCCCCUUUUGAGAAGCUCUUGGCUCAGAAUGAUGGAGGGAAAGGCUUCAUUGUAGGCAAACAGAUUGGCUUUGCAGAUUAUAAUCUGCUCGACAUUCUACAUGUCCAUUUGGUCCUGGCAUCCAAUUGCCUGGCUUCUUUGCCUUUGCUGGCUGGCUACGUGCAACGCCUUAAUGACCGGCCACAACUCAAGAAUUUCCUGGAAUCAGAUGCCCGUAAGAAACGUUUCAUCAAUGGGAAUGGCAAACAGUGAAGCCACUUACUUUUCUAGGAUGCAAGUUUGUAGUUUUGUACCUUUGAGAUCUAAUAAAGCUACCGUAGUUUUUAAAAAGGCCUGUAUCACUCUGCUGGGGAAGGAAAAUCAUGAAAACUAUGGACAUGGAAGCCUUUUACAGGAAAGAUGCUUUUGCACCUGGUUUCUGAUUGUACUAGAGUAGCAAUAAUGCUAAAAUCACUUAUUAAUGGUAAUGGUAUAUACACUUUUUUAAAAGAAUAAAAUGCAGUU